UCUGAAGUUUGUGGAGCAGCUGCUACAGCGACAUCUGCUCUUCAGAAACACCCUGCAGGAGCGAUUAUCUGCAGAACACUGGAAAUCUCUGGUUGGAGACAUCCUGGUGCAGCUUAUCGGCCAAAAUGACCCUUUUCGGAUAUGUACCUUGGAUACACAACUACCCUGGCAUCAUUCCUCUCACUGGAAUUCAACAGACUAAAUCAUCCUGAGAAAAGUCACAAAAUGCAGAGCGGCCAGAUGGAGAGAGAGGAAAUGAAACUGCUCUCCCUGCUGUUGGCACCUGUCUCUCGCAUACACAGCUACCUGAGCCACAUUCAGAACUUGUUGCAGUGGACGGGUAAAGAGCAUCCUGAUUGCAGCCUCCUGCUGGGAACUGAGCAAGCGCUGAGGAGCCUUUUGUCUCGUUGUCAUGUGAUCCUGGAGGAAGACGUCCGGUGGGAGGAAGGAGAAGAAGCUGGACAAAGCAGCUCUGAUGCAGUGGCUGGUGGAUCUGCAAACUGUUGCAGGGGGCGCCAACAGACAAGAGAGUCUCAGCACGGUUCCAACGCUGCAGCUCAGAGAGACGACCAGCAGGCUGUCAGCCUCACUAACGGAGUCGACGGCUGUCACUCGAUGCGUCUGGAGUGCUGGUCCUGCAGCCCAGUAAGGAGGAAGGGCUGUGGAGGAGACCGGACUGUCCCGAACCAGCUGGCCCGUGACUGUGGACACGCCUACUGCUCCCUCCUCACUCCCGACACUGCAGGAUGGGGAGAGAACAGCGACUCGGGUCAGGGCACCUUCAGCCAGCCCACCGGGAAAGGCACCAACGAGCUGGCGACACCUCACACUAACCACAGCCUUGAAGACUGCGAGACAGACGCAGAUGACACCUCGGCCUUCGACUACUCCUCUGUCACCUCCUGCAGCCCUGACGGCACCCUGCGCAGGGAGACGAUGGGCAGCAACAGUGGGGAGGAUGAAGAGGAGGACAGCCAGGUGCCGGUGCUGUUAAAACCCUCAUACAGUCAGCAGCAGCAGUCGAGGGAGGCACCCAGAGAGAGGACUGUGUGCCUGAGGUGGCAGAUUCCCAGAUUAACCCCUCACCCUCCUCUGAGAAACACUGCAGGGCCGUGUGUGGACGGGCCGACACCAUGCCUCAUCAGCUCCUACGGGAAGAGGGUGGUCAGUGUCAGGAAGGGGUCGCCUCCUCUACAUCCAAAAAGUGCCUUCAGGCCCAUCUGGGAUGAUCCAUCCAAACAGGCUGAAUCAGCUCCAGAGAAAGACAACAGACAAGGCUUCAUACCGAUUCAAGCCUCAGCGAGGCAAGGUUUUCACAAUUUUAACCAGAGCAGAGAAAAUCUGAGACCAGGCCUGCCUCAGCAGCGAGGUAACCAUGCAGCAGCCAUGAGCGGUGGAGGAUUGUGGGACGACAGUGAGGACAGCGAGGGACCCUGCAGCACCGUUUGACCCCCGUGCUGUCCUCCCCAGAGACAAGAGGACCAUCACUAAAAACUGUGAAGUUACAAAUAACAUUAGCCCAAGUUGUGAUUUAUCUGAUGGAUACAUUUUCUCAAAAAAGGCCAGGACAGCAACGUAAAUGCAUGACUGACGAAAUCAGUGAAUCUGAAAACGGAUAUGGGAUUUUUCUUGAUUUUCUGUUAAAGCAGAGAGCGUUUUGGGGUUUGUGCCUAAAAAAAAUAAAUAAAACAAACUAAAAAUCAGCAACACACAUCUGAGAAAAAAAAAAGUUUAAUCAGAGUUUAGACUAAAUACUUAAGUAUAUCCUAUUUACAUCUGAAAAAUCCCAUUUAAUAUUACAGACCAUACUUGAUAUAUGAUGAGACCACAUCAAUGCGGAAGGUAGCUAAAGACACGUAGUCAAUAACAAAUUUUACUUUUAUAAGUUGAAGGACUAGAUUUUAAUAUUUAAAAAGAAGCAGUAAAGGAAAAGUUGUGACGCUUAUUUGCUUCCUGGUGGAGACUCUUCUGAUUAUAUGGUAACGUUAGCUAAAUAAGAAGCUACAGCUAGCAGCAGGUUAGCUUAGCUGGAAACAGCUAGCUUGGCUCUUUUAAAUGGUAACAAAAUCCACCUACCAGAACCUCUAAAGCACCGAAAUUAGCACGUUAUAUCUAGUUAGUUUAAUUAAUCCCAAAACCGAGGUGUAAAAACGGCAUUUAAUCGUUUUACAGACUAUUUCUUGGCCGGCCAGCGUCAGUCAUUUUGUGGAGUCUCUGUUGGUUGCCUGGCAACAACUCAGAGCCUAAAAAUAGCCCGGUACAUCCCGCACCGCCCGUAAAACGGCAAAUUGUCCUUUUUACACAGGUUUUUGUAAAACAAAAUUAAACAGAGCACAUAUAACAGGUUAAUUAGUUAACUUUAGGGGUGCUGGUAGAUGGAUUUUGGUACAGUUGAACAAAACCAGGCUAGCCGUUUCCUUCUUUCCAGUCUAUGCUAAACUAAGCUAACCAGCUGAAUAUCUAUCUAUAUAACAGACAAACGCUACUUUGGUGCUAUCGAUCUUCUCAUCUACGUAUUUCCCUUAAUGUAAAACAAUUUCUUUAUGCAUUUCUUCGUUUUUUUCCAACACCUGUAGCUUGUGUGAGAAAGCUGAAUUGACAGUAAAAAGAAAAGAAAAAAACGAGAAGAGAAAUGAGUAGUUCAGUACAAAAUAAGACUGGGUGAUUUAUUAAUCUCAUCAAGACCAUUAAUACAAAGCAGUUAAAAGGCCACAUACCAUCAAAUAAACCGACUGCUGGAUCAAGCUGUUACAGUGCCACCGAGGGAAAACCAAUCUGUUAUUCUGUCGGGGCUGGGGUUAAAAAACAAACAGAAAACAAAAAGGGAAAAUUGGCAAAUUUAACCCCACCAAUACUGACUUGGGAAACUUGGGAAAUGGACAGAACAUGAGCGAAGACAGUGAAGUGAUUUUACUUCAGCUGCCUAUAAAAAUCCUCAAACUCCCCUUUCAUCUCUAGUUUAAUCAGAAGUUUAAUCACCCAUCAUCAUCUGCACAAAAGGCAGAGAGGAGGAGGAGGAGGAGGUCUUGGUGAAAUUUCAGGGCAAAGUGAGGAGAGAAAAAAGGGCAAGAGGUUGUUUUUUUGUUUUUUUUAAAUUUUGCUGAAGUCCAGCUCUUGGUGGUCAGACACCCCCAGGUGUUUGUGUCUCCAUGGGGGUAAACGUGAGGUGGUAGACUCGUGUUUUUCUGCCCUGAUCCAUGUAGAAAGUGAGUUUAACAGUUGCAUAGGACCAAUGCAUUUACAAACAUGACCUAUAACAACUGUGGCUCUUCAACAGUACAGCCUAAAGUGCACAAAGUGUGUUUCUCACAAAAAAUGUCCAAUUCUUCACUAUGCUCAAAUACUUGCAACUGAAUAUAGAUCUGUAUAUAUUCAACUGCAACUUUAAUACAAUUCCAACUUCUGUUUAAUGAGUGUUAGCAUUAAAAAAUCUUUGAAAAGGAGAAAAAGGCAAUUAGUAGGAUGUACAAAGUGAAGCACACAUUUAAGUAAGUGCUUGGCAUAAUGAACUGUAUAUUUUUUUCAUUGCUUUAAAACAGCUAAGGGGCAGGGAAGAAAAAAAUGGAAAUGGCUUUCCUCAGUUAAUACUCCCAGUGUUUCAACUGGAGAUUGUCUGUAAGUAAGUUAGUGAGAGUGACCUGUUUUUUUCUUGUUUUUUUUUUUGUUUUUUUUAUCCGACUGUAGCAGCAUUGGAUUAUUAGGCAAUAUUCAACUGAACAGAUGCGGAUGAGGGUACAAUACAACAGGGGAAAAAAACUUGUCACUUUAUACAAAUUAUUUAGUUAGUGUAUACAUGUUAUAUAUACACAGUAUCCACAAACAUGUACAAUUUCAUAGUGUAUAGCUUUGUUCUAAACAUUACAUAGGCAACUUUAUUUUUUAGCAUUUUAGACACCAUUUGCUUAUUUCUGUAAAGUAGAAAACAAAAUAAAAGGCACAUCUGAGCAUGA